GCCGCGCGGCGCGGGGCCUGGCUGGCCGCGGUGCGACGGCGAGCGGGCGAUGGACGCGAGCGGCGAGCUGGGCGGGCUGGAGAGCAUGGACACGCUCGCGGAGCUGGGCGACGAGCUGACGCUGGGCGACAUCGACGAGAUGCUGCAGUUCGUCAGCAACCAAGUGGGCGAGUUCUCAGACCUUUUCUCCGAGCCUCUGUGUGGAUCCUUCACUGGCGGCGGCACUAGUGGCGGCAGCAGCAGCAACAGCAGCAGCAGCAACAACAGCAAUAGUGGUGGUGGUGGCAGCAGCAGCCGGGGAGGUGGCGGAACUGGAGCACUGGACACGACCAUGUCACGCCCCUUCAGCCAGGCCCCCUUAGCCUUCUCACCCUCCACGGCCUCCCCCCAGGCUCCAGCCCUACAGGUCAAAGUGCCCCCUCCCACAGUGCCCACCCCGCCCAGAGCCACACCCGUGCUCCAGCCUCGCCCCCAGCCCCAAACCCAGCCUCCAGCUCAGCUGCAGCAGCAGACAGUGAUGAUCACCCCGACCUUCAGCACCGCACCCCAGACCAGGAUCAUCCAGCAGCCCUUGAUCUACCAGAAUGCUGCCACCAGUUUCCAAGUGCUACAGCCGCAGGUUCAGAGCCUGGUGGCCCCAUCCUCAGUGCAGCCGGUCACCAUCCAGCAGCAGGUCCAGACGAUGCAGGCUCAGCGGGUGCUGACGCAGACGGCCAGCGGCACGGCCCUGCAGACCCUCGCCCCAGCCACUGUGCAGGCGGUCGCCGCGCCCCAGGUGCAACAGGUUCCGGUCCUGGUUCAACCUCAGAUCAUCAAGACAGACUCCCUAGUUCUGACCACACUGAAGACAGAUGGCAGCCCGGUUGUGGCCGCCGUCCAGAACCCAGCCCUCACCGCCCUCACCGCCCCCAUCCAGACCACUGCCCUGCAGGUCCCAACCCUGGUUGGCAGCAACGGGACCAUCCUGACCACAAUGCCAGUGAUGAUGGGCCAGGAGAAGGUGCCCAUUAAGCAGGUCCCUGGGGGAGUGAAGCAGUUGGAGCCCCCCAAGGAAGGAGAGAGGCGGACGACUCACAAUAUCAUCGAGAAGCGCUACCGCUCCUCCAUCAAUGACAAGAUCAUUGAGUUAAAGGACCUGGUCAUGGGGACAGACGCCAAAAUGCACAAGUCUGGCGUCCUGCGCAAGGCCAUCGACUACAUCAAGUACUUGCAGCAGGUCAACCACAAGCUGCGGCAGGAGAACAUGGUCCUAAAGCUGGCCAGCCAGAAGAGCAAGCUCCUUAAGGGCAUUGACCUGGGCAGCUUGGUGGACAGUGACGUGGACCUGAAGAUCGACGACUUCAACCAGAAUGUCCUCCUCAUGUCCCCACCGGCCUCCGACUCGGGGUCCCAGGCCGGCUUUUCACCCUACUCCAUCGACUCGGAGCCAGGCAGCCCUCUCUUGGAUGAUGCCAAGGUCAAAGACGAACCAGACUCUCCUCCUGUGGCCCUGGGCAUGGUGGACCGCUCGCGGAUCCUGCUAUGCUUCCUCACCUUCCUGUGCCUGUCCUUUAACCCGCUGACGGCGCUGCUGCGCUGGGGAGGCGCCCCCGACUCCGAGCAGCACCCCUACUCAGGCUCCGGACGCAGCAUACUGUCACUGGAGUCAGGCUCCGGCAGCUGGUUCGAUUGGAUGAUGCCGACGCUGCUCCUGUGGCUGGUCAAUGGGGUGAUUGUCCUAAGUGUGUUCGUGAAGCUGCUCGUGCACGGGGAGCCAGUGGUCCGGCCACACUCGCAGUCCUCGGUCACGUUCUGGAGGCACCGGAAGCAAGCCGACCUGGACCUUGCCAGGGGGGAUUUUGCAGCUGCCGCUGCCAACCUGCAGACCUGCCUAUCUGUUCUGGGUCGGGCACUGCCUACCUCCCGCCUGGACCUGGCCUGCAGCCUGUCCUGGAAUGUGAUCCGCUACAGCCUGCAGAAGCUACGCCUAGUACGCUGGCUGCUCAAGAAGGUGGUGCAGCGCUGGCGGGCCACCCCAGCCUCGGCAGCUGGCUUCGAGGACGAGGCAAAGACCAGUGCCCGAGAUGCUGCUCUGGCCUAUCACCGGCUGCACCAGCUGCAUAUCACAGGGAAGCUUCCAGCCGGCUCUGCCUGCUCCGAUGUGCACAUGGCCUUGUGCGCCGUGAACCUGGCCGAGUGUGCAGAGGAGAAGAUCCCCCCCAGCACAAUGGUUGAGAUCCACCUGGCAGCUGCCAUGGGCCUGCAGACACGCUGCGGCGGCAAGCUGGGCUUCCUGGCGAGCUACUUCCUGAGUCGUGCCCAGAGCCUCUGUGGCCCCGAGCACAAUGCCGUCCCAGAGUCCCUGCGCUGGCUCUGCCACCCCCUGGGCCAGAAGUUCUUUAUGGAGCGGAGCUGGUCAGUGAAGGCGGCCACCAAGGAGAGCCUGUAUUGCACACAGAGGGACCCAGCUGACCCCAUUGCCCAAGUGCACCAGGCCUUCUGCAGAAACCUUCUGGAGCAAGCCGUGGAAGCCCUGGUGAAACCUCUGGCCAAGAAGAAGACCGGGGAGCAGGAAGAAGAGAGCUGCGAAUUUGCCAGUUCUUUGGAGUACCUGAGACUACUACAUUCCUUCGUGGACUCUGUGGGGGCAGUGAGUGCUCCCUUUUCCAGCAGCUCCGUGCUCAAGUCUGCCCUUGGCCCUGACCUGGUCUGCCGGUGGUGGGUGUCGGCCAUCACCAUGGCUAUCAGCUGGAUGCAGGGGGAUGAUGCAGCUGUGCGCGCCCACUUCACAGAUGUGGAGCGGGUCCCCAAGGCCCUGGAAAUGACUGAGAGCCCCUUGGUGAAGGCGGUGCUGCACACCUGCAGGGCCAUGCAGGCCUCACUGCCCGGGAAAGCGGAUGGGCAGCACAGCGCCCUGGGCCACUGCGAGCGGGCCAGUGGCCAUCUGUGGAGCAGCCUCAACGUCACAGGCGCCUCCUGCGACCCCACCCUCAACCAUGUGGUCCAGCUGCUGACGUGUGACCUACUGCUGUCCCUGCGGACAGCGCUGUGGCAGAGGCAGGCGGGGUCCAGCCAGGCCCUGGGUGACACCUACCACGCAUCGGGCACUCAGCUGGCUGGCUUCCAGAGAGAUUUGGGCAGCCUGCGCCGGCUGGCACACAGCUUCCGCCCAGCCUACCGAAAGGUGUUCCUGCACGAGGCCACCGUGCGCCUUAUGGCCGGGGCCAGCCCCACACGCACCCACCAGCUGCUGGAACACAGCUUGCGGCGGCGCACAGCCCCGAGCACCAAGCAUGGUGAGGCAGAUACCUGGCCUGGCCAGAGAGAACGGGCAACCGCUAUCCUGUUGGCCUGCCGCCACCUGCCACUGUCCUUCCUCUCAUCGCCGGGCCAGCGUGCGGUGCUGCUGGCCGAGGCCGCCCGCACCCUGGAGAAGGUGGGCGACCGGCGCUCCUGCAGCGACUGCCAGCAGAUGAUCGUCAGGCUGGGGGGCGGCACGGCCAUCGCCGCCUCCUGACCGCAGCUCAUCCCUGUCCUCUGCUCUUCCUCUUUUCCCUCUGACCCUGUCUCUCAGCCUCUGACCUCAGUCUGUCUGUGUGCGUGUGUCUCUCUUUCCCACUCCCCUCUUCCUGACUCAGUUUCUCCCUCUAGGAACUGUGGGUAGAGCCCUGUCUCCUAGAGCACCUCGGGCAGGCGUGUCCCAGGGCUAGAGCCCCUUCAAGCUGCUUGGAAAGAGCUCAGGGCCCGGCAGGCCUGAGAGGAAAGAUGGGGCAUGAGUGGCCGCUGAGUGCCCCUUCCUGCUUCCUUGUUUGUAUGAGCUUCCUUCUGGGGACUGUGCCCCCACUCCCUUUUUAUACAAUGUUUUUAUACCAGUAUGCUUGGUUUGCCGAUGCGGGGCCGAGUGCUCCUGGCACCACGCCUGGCCCCUCCUGCGUUGGCAGCCCUUGGUGACCAGGACAGCCGGGAGACGGGCAGGAGGCAGGGCCAGGCCUGGGGUGGAUGAAAUAAUGUUGGCAUUAUUUUUUAAUUUUUUUAAAAAUAAAUGGUUUCUUAUUUAAUUGUCCUGUUCCUUCCCACUGCCCCGCCCCCUGGGUGCCUGCCCUGGCUCUGGGGAGAUCCAGGAUGCCAGGGAGACAAGGCCUUUGGCAAGGGCUCGAGCUCCCCUCAGCCCAGCUCCUACCUCCACGGUCUGUUUUUUCCCUAAAAGCUGGGGGGGGGGGGGCGGCUGACUCCCUGGCCCCUGUGACAGCCCUCUUUUAGGGCGAGCAUGGGGGUGCCUGAGUUGGCCCUGCUUUCCUGGGUCAUUUCCACCAGGGCCACCAAUCCUGCUGCCCCUCCAGAUGGCUCACCCCCUCUGGCUGGUUAGUAGAAAACGGCUGGAGGGGCCCACAGAUAGAGGGGUGUACGUAGGGCAGCCCUAGAUGUCACCCCUUCUCGCUGUGGCUUGUGGCCUGUGGUGAGCUGCACCCCCCAUUUUGUGUAGAAUGUUUUUCUCGUAGUUGUUUUUUUUUUGGGGGGUUUCCUACGGUUCCCUGAUGUGGCAUUAUUUCCAUGUCUUGGACAAAGGUUAUUCAAUAAACAAAGCUUGGUACCUCCCA